AGUCAAAUGUGCACUGGCAUGUUGUACAGUUCAAUUCGUUAAUAUUCGAAGCCUUCUAGGCUAAACCAAGUAGCUCUGGCUACGCUUAAAUGAACAACAAGCACAACCGAUUGGCAUCAGCAACAACCACAUUUGCAACAUGGCCUGCGCACCGCUGCUUCUGGAACAGUUUAUAUACAAGAAGCGCAAUUUCGUGUAUGCCUUUGUGCGCCAUCGUCUUUUUGUGUUAUGUAAACAAUCGCUAAUACGUGUGCAGUCUGCAGAGGGCAUCAAGCGCGUUGAGAUCUCGCCAAAGUCGAAUCUGAAGCAACUCUACGAUGUCGUACAAAAUGCACUCAAAGUCGAUGGCUUUGGCCUGUUCAUGGAGCGCAAUUUUGCCACAGAGCUGCAGGCCAGUGGCUCCCAGCUAGUGAGCACCAUACUCAAGCAUGGCGAUAUGUUAUAUCUGAAACAAAUGGCGGGCACUUCAACACGCCGCACGAGCACGACGGCUAUGGAGAAUUUGACUUUUAGGAGCGCCGGCCAAGUAUCCAACGAGAAGAGCAGUAACAGCACACGUCCCACUAAUGAUGUGAUCGAGGAUGCGGUGGAUCAGCAGCUGCUCAAAUCAAAUGGCACCAUCAAUCGUGAGCGCGAUGCGAAGCUUUGUCAUCACAAUGCGAAUGGGCGCUGCGUGCAUUGCUCCCCGUUGGAACCGUACAACGAGAACUAUCUCAAGGAGCACAAUAUCAAGCACUUGUCGUUUCACUCGUAUUUACGCAAGCAAACUUCGGGCAUGGACCAUGGCAAGUACUUUGUGUUCGAUGAUAUCAAUUGCCGCAUUAAGCCCGGCUGUCGGGAGCAUCCGCCGUGGCCCAAGGGCAUCUGUUCCAAGUGCCAGCCGUCGGCCAUAACGCUCAAUCGUCAGACAUAUCGGCAUGUGGAUAAUGUCAUGUUUGAGAAUACGAAAAUAGUGGAGCGCUUUUUGAACUACUGGCGCACCACCGGACAUCAGCGCAUGGGCUACUUGUAUGGCACCUACGAGCAGCAUACGGAUGUGCCGCUCGGCAUACGCGCCAAGGUGGCUGCCAUCUAUGAGCCGCCCCAGGAAUCAUCACGUGACUCGAUCAAUAUCUGUCCAGAUGAGGGCGCCGACGAGGUCGAUGCUGUGGCCAAAGCCUUGGGACUUAAAAAGAUUGGUUGGAUCUUUACGGAUCUUAUAACGGAAGAUGCCAGUGCGGGCACUGUAAAACAAAUACGCGGCAUUGAGACCCACUUUCUGACCGCUCAGGAGUGCAUAUCGGCGGGUGAGCUGCAGAAUCGUCAUCCGAACCCUUGUAAAUAUGCCACAAACGGCACCUUUGGCUCCAAAUUUGUAACCAUUUGUGUGACUGGUGAUCAGACCAAACAGGUGCACAUGGAGGGCUAUGCUGUGUCCGCUCAGUGCAUGGCUCUAGUGCGUGAUAAUUGUCUGAUACCCACUAAAGAUGCACCCGAAUUGGGCUAUGUGCGUGAAUCGACCGAUAAACAAUAUGUGCCGGAUGUUUUCUACAAGGAAAAGGAUCAAUAUGGUAACGAGGUGCAGCGUUUGGCGCGUCCACUGCCCGUGGAGUAUCUGCUGGUGGAUGUGCCCGCCUCUACGCCGCUGCAGCCGCAAUACACAUUCACAGAGUAUGAUAAGCGGCAGGCGUUCCCCAUUGAGAAUCGCUAUAUUGAUGGCCAGCUGCAGGACUUCAAUGCGUUGAGCAGCUAUCUCUCAGCCUGGGCUGAUGACGAGUUUCUCGAGGCCAUCUCUGACUUUCAUUUGCUGGUUUAUUUGUACAAAAUGGAUAUGCUGCCGCUGCGCCAGCACAUGGGACCGCUGCUCGAGGCGGUGCGCGCAAGGAAUCCCAAUAAGGCGGCCGAUUUCAAAGCCGAGGAAGUCUGGCAACUGCUCGAAUCCCUUGUCCAGGCCAGCUCUACGGGCAGCGGCGGCACCACUAGCUAUCCGAGUGGUGCAGCGACUAGCUCUGGCGCUGCGGGCUCUGAUGCAAUGGAUCUGGAUGCUAACACCUGGACGUGCAAUCACUGCACAUUCAUUAAUCGCGGCGAACUGACCUCCUGCGAAAUCUGCUCCCUGCCCAGAUAAGCAUGAUCAGCUAUUUCCUCAGCGAGCGCCAGUCGUCAGCUUAGCGCGACGAAAUUCUGGUGUCAAAUGAAACUAAAGAUUCAAUCAUACUUACUAUAGCAGGAUGCCAGGAUGCAGGGUGGCAGGAAUUUGGGAUGUGGCAGCACAAGCAGAUGUCGCAUGCCACGCGCGUUCUCUAUAAAUAUAAUAUUGUAUAAGAAUUUUAUAAAAAAUUUAAUUUAUUUUUAAAUAAAUUUAAAUUGUUGAGUGUACUACAAAA